AUGAAGCAUCAUCUACAAGUCGCAACAUUGAUAGUCUUGUUGUUUCUUGGCGUGAAGAGCGAUCCCAACACGGGCAUUACAACGGAAGAUUGCGAUCCCAACACGAUCUCGAAACGAGACCCUUACAGCUACGCCGUAAUUCAGGCGCUUAAUGAAGUACUCAGCGCGACGCCUUAUGCUACCGGAUUUGAUUACACCACCAGUGUUACCAGCGACGGUAGUAAUUACGACUUUGCCGCUUUCAGUCACGGAACUUGCGAGACUAAUUUAACUCAAGUUGAUUGCGCCACUUGCAUCCGAGCAGCUUACGACGAUGUUAGUGCUCUUUGCAAUGGCCAUGUGGCCGGUACAAUUGGCAUGGUUGAUUGUUCCAUUUAUUUUGGUCCUGUUUAA